AUGUUUAGAUUUGUAAAUAAAUUAAAUCAUAUCAAUUCAUCAUUAUUAAUUAAUAAUGGUAUUAGAUAUUAUAGCAGUAAAUGUUUGGUUGUUGCUGAACACGAUAAUAAAGAUUUAUUGUCAUCGACAUUGAAUACCAUUACAGCGGCAAACAAAUUGGGAUCGGAUGUAUUGUUGUUGGUUGCAGGUAACAAUUGUAAAUCAGUGGUAGACAAGGCAACAAAGAUCAAGGGUGUCAAGACUGUUUUCCAUGCUGACCAUCCACUACUCGAACACGGUCUCGCCGAGACAUUGUCACCAGUGGUUGUCGGUCUCAAGGAACGUCAGCAACUCACUCACAUCUUCACACCGGCCACCAACUUUGGUAAGAAUUUCAUUCCACGUGUCGCUGCACUCUUGGACGUCGGUGCAGUCUCUGACAUCACCUCUAUCAAAUCGGACGAUACUUUUACGCACCCAAUCUACGCCGGUAACGCUAUCGCCACCGUAAAGUCAGAGGAUGCCGUCAAGAUUGGAACCAUCCGUACUACAGCAUUUGAAAAGGCACCGGUCGAAGGUGGAUCCGCUGCCGUAGAACAACUCGAUUGGAUCGCACCACUCGUCGACCAAGCUGCCAGCUCCACCAAUAUCAAAUGGGAGGGUUCCCAAGUGAUAAAGUCGGAGCGUCCAGAGUUGACCGGUGCUCGUGUCGUCGUUUCAGGUGGUCGUGGUAUGAAGAGCGGUGAGAAUUUCAAGAUGUUGGAAGAGUUGGCCGAUACCAUGGGUGGUGCUGUCGGUGCAUCGAGAGCCGCCGUCGACAGUGGAUUCGUAUCGAACGAUCUCCAAGUCGGUCAAACCGGUAAGGUCGUCGCACCAGAACUCUAUAUAGCUGUCGGUAUCAGUGGUGCCAUUCAACAUCUUGCAGGUAUGAAAGACAGUAAAGUUAUCGUUGCCAUCAACAAGGAUGCUGAAGCUCCAAUUUUCCAAGUUGCCGACGUAGGUUUAGUUGGUGAUCUAUUUAAAGUUGUACCAGAAUUAACAGAAGCAAUUAAAAAGGCAAAGUAA